UUCGCAGCGGCAGUCAGUUUGCUAUUGCCGCCCGUUGAGCGAGCAUCUCGGACGACAAGGAUCGCAGGGCUUGAUUGCGGUGCGACGAGGCUGUUUUUGGCGAACUUUGAAGACUCUCUUGACGGGAUAAGGGAAGCUUGUUGAAAAUACGUAAUACGUUGAAAGAGUUUUCAGAUAUAUGAGGAAAAUUUACAGCGUGCCGAUUUGUUUUGGAGAAGAUAUUUUUACGAUAAAGGAACGGGGUACAUGUUCAACAACGAAAGGUGUUAAAAUUCAUUGUUUAUGACUGUAGGGGAUUUAUUAUCCCUUGGUUUAUUGUAGGGAACGCGACGGAACUGAGUUUUUGUGAGAGGUAUAAAUAAAUUAGAAAACUUUGGUUGUCCCGACGGCAAGUGGUUGCCGCCGGGGUGGGAACCACGUGGCGAGGCAGCACACGUACACGCACGUAAACGGCGGCGCAACUGUGAACAGUUAGGACUGACUGGGUUUCAGUGAGUGCGAAAUAGUUUGUUGUUUUUCUGUGUGAACUCGGAGUGACGAAGUGAGAAGAUUGCAUCGACGACCCGGAAGCAGUGAAGGGUGCGUUACGGUGUGCGGGGUGAGGGUGGGGGGAGAUAGAAGCGGACAGACUUGCGGGAUUUGCUAAAAGUGAACAGAGCCGGCACAUUCGCCGGCAUAAUCGCGAUUUAUUAGUCGCGGGCGAAGUAGCAGAAGAGAAUAGAAGAAAGAAGAGACUAAACUAUAGACGUCGGCGAACUGCUGCGAUGCUUCAGGGCUUUGCGCUCCCAGCGAUCAGGGUGAAGCGAUCGUCCUUAUCGGAGGCCGUAACGGCCUGCUAAGAUGACCGCGCGUCUCCACUCGCUGAGGCACCAGGAGAAGAAAUCCACCGGAACAACCGGGCAGCGUCAUCAUCGGCAGCAGCAACAGCAGCAGCAACAGCAACAGCACAACACGGUUCAGCAACGCGGCGCCAGUCCAGCGCCCAGCCCCAGUCCGAGUCCAAGUCCCAGCCCUAGCCCGAAACACUCGGACGGACGAAGAGCAAACAAACCACUGAUGGAGAAGCGACGCAGGGCGCGAAUAAACCAGUCGCUGGCCGCGCUAAAGGCGCUUAUCCUGGACAGUGCUCGGCUGGAGAACACGAAGCACAGUAAACUCGAGAAGGCAGAUAUCCUCGAACUAACCGUCAGGCAUCUUCAGAGACAGAGAUCUCUCGCUCAGCCAGGCCUCUCCAGGUACAAGGCCGGCUAUCAGGACUGCUCGAGAGAGGUGAGCCGAUACCUAGACGCCCCUGACAUAAUAACCGGAAACUCUACGCCGCUGGAUCCGGCCGUGAAACAGCGUCUUCUACGGCACCUGGACAGCUGCGUAUCGGAGCUGGACCUGGACCUCGGUUCCCGUCCGGACAGCGGGCUGGGCAGCAGUCCCGGAAGCGUGACGGACAGGGUGACGGGGGCGGCGAGUCCCGGUCCCCUGGAGCAGCACCACGCGGUGGUGGCGCCCCACUGCAGCGGGGGUUUGGGGGCGGGGGCGGCGGGGGUGGUGCAGAUAAAGUCGGAGCUGCCGGAGGUGAUGGAGACGGCGCGACCUGACAGCAGCACGACGGCCGGCGACGAGAACAACAACAGCAGCAGGCCGACGUCGGCGUUCAGCCAGGUGAACCCGGGGGGCGUCGGGACGCCCGAAGCCUCGACCUCCGCCUCCCAGCAGAACCCGAACAUGCUGUCGGUCGUCCAGGUUAUACCCUCCCGACUGCCCGACGGUCAGGUCGUCUUCCUCCUACCGAGCCACUACGUCCAACUUGCGGCGGCCGCGGCGGCGAACGGAAUAAGCAUCGGGCCCAAUCCACCGACCGCAAUUUGGGCCGCGACGAACAUGUCGCUGCUGAAGGCCACCGACAAACUCGUCGCGAAAAGGCCCCACGACGAAUCGGUCGAAUGGGGUGUGCCUGGUGGGGGGGAUAAUCACAAGCCGAGCAAGAGUCCCAGGAUACAGGAACGGGGCGAUAAUUCGGGGCCCGAUGGUGUUAUGCAGGCUGAGAACGUGAACAACAACGACAGCGACAACAACCAUCAUCAUCGUCAUCAUCAUCAUCAUCAUCAUAAUCACAGUCGUAUUCAUUCCGAGAAUCAGGGGCACGAACAGCCUCUCGAUUUUACCACUUCGAAAAAAGUCAACGGAAAUUCGAUGACAACGACGUCGACGACGACGACGACGACGGCGAUGCAGAUCACGGCCGAAAGAACGAGGUGUAACACAGCGGAGGGUGAACGCGUCGAUCAUCAUCAUCAUCAUCAUCGUGAGAUGGAUACGGCGACUGCCGACGAAAGACCCAACAGUAGAAACGAAAGCGAGGGCCUUGCGGCCCCGUCUUCACCUUCCCUGCAUCAACCUCCCCAACCCCCUAAAGACGAGGAGGGAAUGUGGAGGCCGUGGUGAAUUCCUCGCUUCUCGCUUUCUCGUCGUUGAAAGUUUUCUUAUUCUUUCUUUUUAUUUAUUUUUUUUUUCUCUCUCUCUCUCUCACUUAUCCCUCCUAUCAUUUUUCCCUCCCCUGAAUUCUAUUUCUUAAUAUUUAUAUAGUCAACAGAGUGAUACGAAUGUGAAAAAUAAAAUGUACAGAGUUGUUAUUAUUAUUAACUGCAGAUUCGCGCGUUGAUUAGGAUAUGUGUAAAAUAGACGAUACGAUAUGUCCACUUUUCGUCGGUGUAAUAUACGAUAUAUACACAUAUGUAUGAUACAUGUAUAUAUAUAUAUAUAUAUAUAUGAUAUGUAUAUGAAUGCGAAAGUCAAGAGUGAGAGUUAGAAUUUAGAGUGAAAGAAAAUAUACACCUACCUUUCAUUUCGCUGAGAUUUUCUUUUCUUUCUUUCUUUCUAUUUGUUCCCCUCCAUCUUCUAUUUAUUUCUCUUCUAAAAAAUUAUAUAUAUA